AUGGUUCAAUCGAAUACGACAACUAUUUCCCUAAAUAAAAAGACAGAAGUUGACGAAACUGACAGUGUGGAAAUUGAGUAUGUAUCAGAACUCCCGGAUCUAUCUAACGAACCUUUCUUUGAAGAAUUCUCAAAGGUUUUUGCCCAUUUUCAGAUCACGAAAGAAGAACCUGAGGUUAAUUUAAAUAAUGAUAGAGACGAAGAAAAGGCUGAAACUAUAAACCCACAAAAUGAAUUAAGUGUUGCUCAAUUAAAACAAUUAGUUAAAAGACCUGAAGUUGUCGAGUGGGUUGAUGUUACAGCAGCUGAUCCAAAGCUUUUGGUCAGUUUAAAAGCUUAUAGGAAUACUGUGCCCGUUCCUCAACAUUGGUCUCAAAAAAGAAAAUAUCUUCAAGGAAAAAGAGGAAUAGAAAAACCCGCAGAAGCGGUAAGAGAAAAAGAAGAUGCAGCGAAAUUAAAGCAAAAAACUCGUGAAAGAGUUCAACCAAAAAUGGGAAAAUUAGAUAUUGAUUAUCAGAAAUUACAUGAUGCGUUUUUCAGAUUUCAAACUAAACCAAAGUUGACAAUUCAUGGUGAAUUGUAUUAUGAAGGUAAAGAGUUUGAGACGAAAUUAAAAGAAAAGAAGCCAGGACAACUUUCAGAUGAAUUAAAGGCUGCAUUGAAUAUGCCACCACUUGCCCCACCACCAUGGUUAAUUGCUAUGCAACGUUAUGGUCCACCACCAAGUUAUCCUAAUCUAAAAAUUCCAGGGCUUAAUGCUCCGAUUCCUGAAGGUGCACAAUGGGGAUUUCAUCCUGGAGGAUGGGGCAAACCACCUGUGGAUGAGUAUAAUCGUCCAUUGUAUGGAGAUGUUUUCGGAACAUAUCAUCAAGACAUACCAUCUGAGAAUGUUCAACCAAUUGAAAGAAAAUUAUGGGGAGAGCUGGAACCUGAAGAAGAAGUAGAAGAUGAGAGUGUCACAUCAAAAGCAUUACAAGAGGGACUUGUAACGCCAAGUGGAUUUUCAAGUGUACCGAAUGGUUUACAAACACCUGAUUAUAUUGAAUUGAGAAAAUUCCAAGCUACGCCAGCAACCACUACAUCAUCGUCAGCAAUAAAUGCUAGUUUGGCAAGUGGAUUGGAAACACCUGACUUUAUUGAAUUAAGGAAACAUCAAAAACCUGAUGAAGAGGAAACCAAACAAUUGUUUACUGUUAUUCCACAAAAAGAAGUCCCUAUUUCAGGGUUUAUGGGAUCUCAACACGUAUACGAUAUUUCUAACACGGCAGGAUCAACUGCAGCAACAUCCAAAGGAGCAAAGAGAAAAGUAAUAGGAACUGGUGUUGAAGUGGCGCUUGACCCUUCUGAGAUGGCAAAUUUGGAUGAAGAAACUUUAAGAGCUAAAUUUGAAGAAGCUCAACAGGCACAUCAACCUGAAGGAGCGCAUGAAGAUUUGUCAGACAUGGUCGCAGAACAUGCUAGUAAACAAGCUAAAAAGAGACAAAAAAUGCAAGAUGCAAGAGCAGCUGCUAGAGAUACUGGAUCCACUGGUAAUACAGGAUCUAAGAAAUAUAAAGAAUUCAAAUUUUAG